GGCAGGAAGCUGCCCGAGCGGCGCUCUGAGCGGCCUGAGCCCAGCGGAGCCCUGCAGAGCCCGGCCGACCUCCAUGGGCUGCGGGGGGCUGCACCCGGACCCCUGGGGCGCGGCGCGCCCCUGAAUGCACCGUGGGACGCAGGAGGGUGCCAUGGCCUCCCGGCUCCUGCACCGGCUGCGGCACGCCUUGGCCGGCGACGGCCCCGGGGAGGCGGCGGCCAGUCCAGAGGCCGAGCAGUUUCCGGAGAGCUCAGAGCUGGAGGACGACGACGCCGAGGGCCUGUCCUCCCGACUUAGCGGCACCCUCAGCUUCACCAGCGCCGAGGACGACGAGGACGAGGACGACGAGGAGGCUGGCCCUGACCAGCUGCCCCUCGGGGAUGGGACGUCAGGAGAAGACGCAGAACGGAGCCCCCCACCUGAUGGGCAGCGGGGCAGUCAGCUCCUGGCGCGGCAGCUGCAGGAUUUCUGGAAGAAGUCCCGGAACACCUUGGCACCCCAGCGGCUGCUCUUCGAAGUGACCAGCGCUAACGUUGUCAAGGACCCGCCCUCCAAGUACGUGCAAUGGGGAAAAUGCAGAAGAUUACAGCAGGAGUUAAAUGAGACAAUGGACAAAAAGCCCUUAGCAGUGUGCCUGGCAUUAUGACGUGGUCAAUGAAAUGGUAGCUAUGUCAUCAUUAUUUAACUUUGGGUUGAAAAUGUUUGUCAUCUAGGGCCUGCUGUGUCCUUAUAACGCACAGGUCAAUCAGUUCUCAAGCACCCGACCUUGUCCCUAAGGGCUAGACUUAGAGGGUUGGUGGAGGUUAGGAUGAAGAGCAAUGUUGGGGAGGACCUUGGAGUCCCUUGCUGUUUUCCUUGCUGUUGAGAGACUGACUGGGAGAAUGAGGUCUGCUCCUUUAAUGCCCACAGCGACUCCUGCUCCAGUCCCUUUUCAGGCCAGGCCUGAAAGCCAGCUGAGCUGGCCACUCCUGUCAGUGGCAGCUCUCCAUCUCUCACUCCCCUCCUCUUCACCACCCUUCUCCACCUCUGACUCAGCAGGAGGGGGCCUGGAGCCCAGUCCCACAUCUGGGCCUCUCCACCCUUUUCUGUUGCUGUUAGUAAGCAAGGGCCACACCCAUGGGGUGACUACUCCAAUUUCAGCAGGGACCGACUCCGAUUAUUGAGUCUUUUAAAAAAUUUUUUGAGACAGGGUCUCGUUCUGUCACUCAGGCUGGAGUGCAGUGGUGCAGUCAUAACUCACUACAACCUCCAACUGGGCUCAAGCUAUCCUCCCACCUCAGCCUCCCAAGUAGCUAGGACUACAGGUGUGCACCACCACGUGUGGCCAAUGAUGAAGUCUGAAGUGGCAAAGGUCUCAGAACUCUGGGGUGGACAAGGGUUCAUACACUGGAAGGGGACACCAAGGAAUAGUUCAGAGGCUGAGAGGAAUGGGGGUGACUGUGGGUACCUGAAUGGGAAGGGAUGACAAGAUAGAGCAGGAUGGCCAAGUAUGCCCCGGCCUGUGUCUGGAGAAGCAAGGCACCUCCUGUGUACAAUGGGGACCCUAAUUCCCCACUCAACUUGUGGGGGUGAAGAGCACAGGCUUUGGAAUCAGAUCAACCUGAGUUUAAAUCCCAGCUGGGCUGUUUUCCAGCUGUGUGACUUACGGCAAGUCUUUGAGCCCUUUUCCCCCUCUUUGAGCCUGCUUCCUCAGCUGUCAGAGAUAAGGACCUUCCUUGCAGUGCUGUUGUGAUGAUUAAAUGAAAUCACAGAUGUAAAGAGUGCUUGGUACAACAGGAGGCACAGGGUAAAUGCUUGGGUAAUGGAACUACUGUCAUUAUCACCCAUCUGGCUGCAUGUUACAAGGUCAAUGAGAUAAUGGAUACAAAAUGUAAACUAGAUGAACAUAAAGGCUUAUUAUAUAGACCAGUGUGUCCUGAAGAAAACUGGUGUCCUAAAGUGUGUCCUGCAGAAAACUAGUUCCCUGGAAUGUUAAUAGCUGUUUCUAAAUAAAGGUUUUGCAGGC